GUCGGCCAUCAAUUCCAAAUUACCAACAAGAAGUUACCAGAAUCAUGCAGGCGAUUCCCAAAGGGAAACCAAAUUGCUUCAUGGAGAGCAGAGAGGGAAAAAAGGCAAGAAGUGGGUUUGUUCCGCCUGAUACUUGCCGCGUUCGCACCGCCGAGGAGGCGAAUAAGAAGGGAUUGCCUUGUUAGAGAAGCUGGGAGAUAGUAGAAUUGAGUUGGGAAGCUAUUUCCCCGCAUUCUAUGGUGGAGGUUUAACGACGACUCACCGGAAUAAUCCUCCGGCACCGAGCUGAAGUUAAACACAAGUUUUCAUGAGAUCGUGUACUUAAAGCACCAAUACAGUAACAGUGGCCUUCUCUUGGCGAAACUGAAAUAUGCAUCGAUCUUGCAGCAAGCCAGCGUAGCAAAUUUUGCAGACCACUUUCUUGCCCACCCAUCAAGAAUCUGGAAGAGUGGACUCAAGAUUCUACGGACUCGUUUAUCUGUUAUGAUCAGCACUUUUUCAUCAGACGUCAUCCAGUAAGCUUAUGUUGUGCUUAUCAGCUUUUGAAACAGUCGAGUAUCUAUUCACUUCAGUGCACACUGAGAGAGGGCUGCUGCGUGCUCAAACUAAGGUUGAUGAAAAUGUCCCUGUCUCCAUGGCUCGCAUUAUGUUGUACUCGUGCCUGUCAGUUCCCUGAUGAAUCAAGUUCUAUUUUGGUCGCAAUUGAAUGGCUGGAAUUUAUAGUCUUGUCUCCCUGCUACCAGCACGUCCUGCUUUCCGCCAUUGAUUUUAUCUUCUUAUUCACCCUUCUAAUCUCUUCCAUCAAACGUCUCUGCCUAAGAUUCAGUUCCAAUGGCAAUUCCAGUUCUUCCACCAAUAGACCUCUUCUUGAAGAGGAAAGGUCUUAUGUCAAACUCACCCUUUGGUUCAAACUAUCUCUAUUUGCUGUGGUUCUGUUGGUUAUAUGCAACACAACGUCUCUUUGUCUCUUGGCUAUCAGACAAAGUUCCAGCUCAUCAUGGAAGAUCACAGAGGCUGUGUUUAGAACCACUCAAGUAGUAACCUAUAUGGUAGUUCUAAUUCUGAUUGGACAUGAGAAGAAAGUCCGAGCAGUUACUCAUCCUUUGUCCUUGAGAAUUUAUUGGAUUGCCAAUUGCAUUAUCAUGAGCAUAUGUUCUCUGUCAGCCAUCAUCCGAUUCUUUUCUUUCAACCAAGGAAUUGAUCCUGACCUUAAGAUGGAUGAUAUGUUCUCUUUGGCCAGCUUUCCUUUGUAUAUUUUCCUAUGUGUAGUUGCUUUCCGGAGGUCUUCUGGUAUAAUCCUGAUUAGGGAGUGGGUUAAAAAUUCUAAAAAAUUGGAGUCUAAUAUCAGUGACUUUGCUUCAGCUUCUUGGUUUUCUAAAGUUGUGUGGCUUUGGAUGAAUCCGAUAUUGAGUAAAGGACAUAAAAAUCCUCUGAAGUUGGAUGAUGUACCAACCCUUCCUCUUGAUCACCGAGCUUAAAGAAUGUCAGAUAUCUUCGAAACUUAUUGGCCUCAACCACAGGAGGAUUUGAAGCAUCUAGUGGGAGUCACAUUACUCAAGUGCUUCUGGAAGGAACUUGUUUUCACCGGCUUCCUUGCAGUGGUUAAGUCAAUAGCAUUGUAUAUUGGUCCUGUCCUCAUUCAAGGUUUCGUUGAUGUGACAGAUGGACAGGGAAGCUCGGCAUACGAAGGAUACUAUCUGCUUUGUAUUCUCCUGAUUUCGAAAACAAUUGAAGUCCUUAGUACCCACCAUUUCGAUUUUCAUUCUGGAAAACUUGGGAUGUUAAUAAGAUCAAGCCUCAUGACUACUGUGUUCAAGAAAGGUCUUCGAUUAUCAUGUUCCUCUAGGCAAGCUAAUGGGGUUGGAAAGAUUGUGAACCACAUGGCUGUAGAUGCUGACCAGGUGGCUGAAAUGAUGUCAAACGUGCAUGACAUAUGGUUAAUGCCUUUACAUAUUGCUCUUGCUUUAGUCCUAGUCUAUGCUUACAUGGGAGUCUCCACAUUUGCAGCAUUAGCUGCAGUUGUUGCAGCUUUAACUUAUUCUGUGAUGAGUACCCAUAAGACUAACAGUUACAUGAACAGUGUGAUGGAAGCUCGUGAUGCCAGGAUGCGAGCGACAAAUGAGAUGCUUAACAAUAUGCGUGCAAUCAAGUUCCAAGGUUGGGAAGAGCAUUUUAGCAAGAAAGUCCAAUCUUCUAGGGACCAAGAGUGUAGUUGGCUUAUCAGGUUCAUGAACACUUCAUCGGUUACCCUGGCUGUGAUAUUUAAUGCUCCUUAUGUGAUAUCAGCUCUCACUUUAUCAGCUGCAAUAUUGUUAGGUCUCACCCUUGAUGCAGGGACGGUAUUCACAUUAAUAACACUGUUAGGAGUAUUAGAAGAGCCGAUUCGCACCUUUCCAGAUGCGUUAAUCUCCUUCUCCCAGGCAAUAAUUUCUCUUGAAAGGUUAGACCUUUACCUGACUAGUUCCGACUUGGAUGGAUCAGUGGAAAGAGAAGAAGAAUGUAGUGAUAAUUCUAGUGUGAAGGUUCAACAGGGUAAUUUUUCUUGGGAUGAUAAUGGUGAUGAGAAAAUAUUGAUUGAUAUAAAUUUGGGGAUCCAAAAAGGGGAGCUUGUAGCAAUUGUUGGGACUGUAGGAUCGGGAAAGUCUUCCUUAUUGGCUUCAAUUCUUGGUGAAAUGCACAAAAUCACAGGGACGGUCUUGGUCAGUGGCACUACUGGGUAUGUGGCACAAACUCCAUGGAUCCAGCAUUGUACAAUUGAAGAAAACAUAUUGUUUGGUUUGCCAAUGGAUAGAGAAAGAUAUCAGGAAGUGUUGAGAGUUUGCUGCUUAGAGAAGGACUUGGAAAUGAUGGAGUUUGGCGACAAGACUGAAAUUGGUGAGCGAGGAAUCAAUCUCAGUGGUGGUCAGAAGCAACGGAUACAGUUGGCCAGAGCUGUGUAUCAAGAUUGUGAUAUCUAUUUUCUUGAUGAUAUAUUUAGCGCUGUUGAUGCUCAAACUGGAUCCGAAAUCUUCAAGGAAUGUGUGAGGGGAAUCCUUAAAGACAAAACUAUUUUACUAGUAACCCACCAAGUGGACUUUUUACAAUAUGCAGAUCUCAUAAUGCUGAUGCGAGAUGGGAUGAUUGUACAAUCUGGGAAGUACGAAAACCUUCUGAAAUCUGGCAUGGAUUUUGGAGCUCUUGUAGCUGCUCAUGAAAACUCCAUGAUGUCAGUAAAUAUGAACAACUCCACAACUGGAGAGUAUACUCAACAAACACAGCAGAGUUCUGAAAAUUCUUUGGUCCAAGUAAAACCAAAUGGGGAAAGCAUUCAUUCGGAUCCUGAAGAUGGAUAUUCUGAAUUCUCUUCUGAAGAUGACUACUCAAAGCUCAUUGAAGAAGAAGAAAAAGAAACUGGUCAUAUUACCUGGGAACUGUAUACGCAGUACUGCACCAAAGCAUAUGGAUGGUGGGGAGUAGCUAUCAUGGUACUAGUUACUCUUAUGUGGCAGUCAUCUCUAACGGGCAGCGACUAUUGGCUGGCAUAUGAAACCUCUCCUGGUCGUCCUUUUACCCCUUUGAUAUUUAUUAGUCUAUAUUGGGUCAUUAUAGGGGUUUCUUGUCUAUGUAUUCUGGCUAGGGCAUACUUUGUUUCACAUUUAGGUCUUGCAAUUGCACAACGUUUCUUCAACGAAAUGCUCCAAAGCAUUUUGCACGCCCCAAUGUCGUUCUUUGAUACCACUCCUUCCGGAAGAAUCUUAACUCGAGCAUCACAUGAUCAAGAAAAUGUUGAUGUCUACAUUCCGUUGUUCUUUGGCUUCACAGUUAUGAUGUACUUUACCCUGUUCAGUGUUUUCCUCGUUACUUGUGUCUUCUCUUGGCCAACUGUAUUCCUCUUGAUUCCACUGUUUUGGCUAAAUAUCUGGUACAAGGGUUACUACCUUGCAUCAUCUCGCGAACUGACUCGGUUGGAUUCUAUUACAGAAGCACCAAUUAUCCAUCAUUUCUCAGAAACAAUAUCUGGUGUGAUGACAAUUCGUUGCUUUAGGAAACAAGGAAUGUUUUGUCAGGGAAAUAUUGACAGGGUAAAUGCAAAUUUGAGAAUGGAUUUCCAUAACAUUGGGGCUGCUGGAUGGAUGGGCUUCCGGUUGGAAUUGCUUGGAAGUUUGAUAUUUUGCAUUGCAACAUUGUUCGUGAUCAUUUCACCAAGUGCUAUAAUAAAACCAGAACUUGUUGGCAUGUUUCUUUCCUAUGGACUUCCCCUCAAUUCAGUUCUGUUUUGGACCACCUACAUGGCUUGUUUUCUCGAGAAUCGGAUGGUUUCUGUCGAGAGAAUAAAGCAGUUCACUGAUACUCCAUCAGAAGCACCAUGGUGGAUCAUGAAUUUCAUUCCGGACCCUAAUUGGCCCAGCCAUGGCAACAUAGAGCUGAAGGACUUGCAGGCAAGUAACGGGAUGGUGAACUUUGGUAUGCAGGUUAGGUACAGACCAAAUACACCCCUGGUUCUGAAAGGAAUAACCCUCACAAUUCUUGGAGGUGAAAAGGUUGGCAUUGUGGGGCGCACAGGAAGUGGGAAGUCAACUCUCAUUCAAGCGUUCUUCAGGCUUGUCGAGCCUUCAGAUGGGACAAUAACCAUUGAUGGCAUUGACAUCACCAAGCUAGGCCUCCAUGAUCUCAGGUCCCGUUUGGGAAUCAUUCCACAAGAACCUGUCCUCUUUGAAGGGACAGUGAGAAGCAACCUCGAUCCAAUUGGAUUGUAUUCGGAUGAAGAGAUAUGGCAGAGCCUCUACCGUUGUCAGCUUAAAGAUGUGGUGACUGCUAAGCCUGAAAAACUCGACGCUUUAGUGGCUAAUGGUGGAGACAACUGGAGCGUUGGACAAAGGCAACUUCUUUGCUUGGGUCGACUUCUGCUGAAGCACCAUUGUAAGGUCAUAUUCAUGGACGAAGCUACGGCUUCAGUUGAUUCCCAGACCGAUGCUGUGAUUCAGAGGAUCAUUAGGGAGGAUUUUACAGCCUGCACAAUCAUUAGCAUUGCUCACAGGAUACCGACAGUCAUGGACUGCAACCGGGUGUUGGUUAUGGAUGAUGGGCUGGCAGAGGAAUAUGAUGAACCAGCUGCAUUGCUUGAAAGACCGUCGCUGUUUAAGGCACUGGUCCAGGAGUAUACAAGGCGAUCGACAGGGUUUUGAUUGGUAAUUAACUCUAAUUAUAUAGGUAGGUUCAAGACGGCUACCUAUCCUUGGAGAAUUCAGUUCCACAAACCCCGUUGUUACUCCUCCAUGGAAGGGACGUAGGUAGAUAGAUCCAUCAACGCCUUUGUUUUGUUGACUCCAUUUGAGAAGAAAUUUUUGUCCAUGUUUGUGAAGAACCUUUAAUGUUUGUUCAACUUUUGCCUUCACAAGUUUGAUUUCAGUCAUAUUAUGUCUAUGUAAUUGCAGUUGCAGAUAGAACAACCUAUUAUGGUCUACUAAACUACAUGCAUUUUCGAUAUAUUUCCAGG